GCCCUCUCAAUCUCCAAUUGCCCAGUCCUUCUUUGUUUCUCGAUCUCCGAGCUCUUCACUCCUUUUCCCCUGUUUGCCGCCGCCGCCGCUCUUUGGGUGGCUAUCUGAGUUUGUCUGAUUGAAUUCGGUGAGUGAGAGCGAGUCAUGGGCAGCGAGUUUAGGUAUGAGAUCGCUCAGAACGCGUACAUAAAGCUCGUGCUCCACUCCCUUAAGCACAAGACCGCCGCCGUCAACGGCAUCUUGAUUGGCCGCGUUUCUUCAAACGACGUCGUUGAGAUCGCCGAUGCAGUCCCUCUUUUCCACUCUGCCCUUGGGCUCCUCCCACAACUCGAGAUCUCCCUUAUCUUGAUAGAGGAGUACUUUUCUGCUAAAGGCUUGAACAUAGUUGGCUAUUUUCACGCAAAUGAGAGGUCUGAUGAUUAUGGACUUGGUGGUGUGGCAAAGAACAUCGGGGAUCACAUCUGCCGGUACUUUCCCCAAGCAGCCACUCUCUUGUUGGAUAACAAGAAGCUUGAGGCUUUAAAAACUAGCAAGGAACAUGGUCCUGUAAUGCAGCUUUAUAUUAGGGAUGCAUCAAAGAACUGGAAACCAGCACGGUCAGAUGGAAAGCCAACAUUCGCUUUCAAGGACCCAGCAGCAAAUGUGGUCUUGUUGGACUAUAUUUCGUCUGAGAAAUGGAAUGAUGUAGAGGAUUUUGAUGACCACCUCGACGACAUAAGCAAGGACUGGCUAAACCCAGGACUCUUCAACUGAUCCAAAUCUCUGUAGUUCUUUAUCGAUUCUUUUUGCUAGUGAAUGAAGUUCAUGCUUUUCAAUGUACUUAUACUGGAUUCUCAAUUAUAAAAAAGUUAAGAAAUUGCUUUAGGCUUCGGGUGAGUUAGUUAUAUAGGAAGCUUUUUCUGAUGUAUAAACCAGAAAUUUCUUCAGCAAAGCACUAUGUUUUCCGUAGUAGUGGCUGCACUUUCAUAGUCAAUUUUAUCACCAUGAAUGUAAGAUUGUAGGUGCAUUAUAUUUGAAGUAUUUAUAUUUGAAUUUCCUUAA